CUUGUGUCUUCUAUUUUACUUGAUUGAUCCUCUGACGUAUUCCUCUUGUCGAUUACAUACACUCACAGCAAUAGCAUAAGCCUUAUUAGAACAUGGUCGACCGCAAGAGCAAGAAGAACAACAACAGCAAUGAUGAAGCUGCCCGUAUGGCCCGAUGGUCCAAUUCUGCCUAUUCCGCAGCCAAUUUUUCCAUCAUGUCACCUCCGCCUUCAGAGAAUAAAAAGCUACUUGGCUUUGGCUCUCACAAGCCUGUGGUAAUGGAUGUUGCCCUGCAGCCUAUCGAGCAUGAUGAUCUGAAGCAAGGCUCACUGUACAUUGUCAAGAUUAGAAACGUGUCUGUUGCACUGUUUGAAGGCUGGGAUGACGAUAUGUGCUGUUUCGCUGUGCUUCGCUCUGACUCAACCCCAAUGCGAUGGUCUGAAGCCAGAUAUAUUCCUGGCGAUUUUGAUGCAUAUGAUGCAUUCGACGAGGCAGGCAAUCCGCCAGUGCAUCUGUGGACCCGCCAAUUGCGCGUCAAUGUUCCAACAAACUGGUUUUCCAUCUUUGAAGAAGCUCGUAGAAAACAGCGAGACUGGAUGAACGAGCAAAACGAAGAAGAGUACUACUAUCCUCCUGGUGAGCAAACGCCAGCAGCGCCUCCUGCACGUCAUCAGGCAGUCAACCCCGCGACGAUCACACCCCCCGCAACGGAGAAAUCGGCGGAUGACAAGACUGCUGGCGCAUCGUCGCACAAUAACGACCUUGAUUCAGAGCAGGCUCUUUCGUCAACGGACGAGCAACCUGAAGACGAAGAAAUUGCUUCUGCCACAGGGUCUGCACAGCCUGAAGUCAACGGAGGAUCCGUAAAGAGCGACAGCGAAAACGGCAAUAUUGCUGCAGCACCCAACAGCAACGGCCAUCAACAUAAUGGUGCCACAAACGGCGACGCCAAACUUCCUGCUACAAACGGAUCAUCGCCGGCUGCGGCACCAAUGCAACCACAAUCACAGCAACAAACCCGAACCGUUAUUAAGGAGUACGAACCCAAUCCAAACACCAAGUACGAGCCGACGCCCAACACCUCCACUAAUACCAACAAUGCCACAAAGCAGCAUUUAGCCACGCCGCCUGCUUCUCCUCAUGCUUCCGAACAGGUCAGAAAGUACCAGGCAUCAUCCGAAAAGAGCCGUAUUCUGAGCACAAGCGACUUUGCAUUCCCUCACAAUGGAGACCAGUUCUCAAUUGGCACUGACGUGACCCCACCUCCUGUUCCCCAGCUGCCAACCAACGGAAACGCAAAAAAAAUUAGCUCUGGAUCUAAUGGCACAGCCACACCCCCCAAGAGCAAGCGUAGAUCGGUGCAAGACCUCUUCCGUGGUGGAAAAUAGAGAUCGGAAUGGCAAUCCGUAAUCCCGCCAUAGCAUAAUUUAUAUUUCCCUUUCCCUAUAGUUAUUGUGUAUGACAUUAUAUUUUAUGGUAGUUAUCUAUUUCUUUUCUUUUCUUUCAAUCGUUCUCCCUUCCUCUAUACUUACAAUAAAUUCAC